AUGGAGUUAGGCCAGGCCACCCGUCCGCGGUCGGCGGUCGCGCCCUUCAGCGACUUCGAGCCCCGGGCGAAGUGCGCGGGCUGCUGCGGGCUGCGCGGUGCGGCCCUGGUGGCCGGCCCCGUCUUUCUCUUAACGGUCGCCAGCAACGCGAUUAUUUUGGGCGGCCGCCUCGGCGAGGGCCGCGGCUGGCGCGGCUUCUGCGAUCGCAACCUCUUCCUGGCCCUGCCCCUCGCGGCGGUGGUGGGGACCCAUCACUGGGUGCUCUCCGAGGCCCUCUGGAGCAAACACCGGAAGUCCGUCUGGGCCAUUAACUGGCAGUCCAGCCUGACCAACCUCAGCGCGUGGGGGCUGGGGACGGCCGUCGCGACGUGGGUCUCGCGGCGCGUCCUGCCCGGGCGGAGCCGGGCCUAUCGGAUGUGGAUGUGGGACUACUACCGCACCCGCCGCGGCUGCGCGAACCCGUGGUGCCCGACGCUCUUCGGCCGGCUCAGCGCCGACCUGGACUGGUACAACGUCGUGUGGACGCUCAGUCUGUAUCAUCUGGUGUGGGCGAUGGUCACGAUGAUGCUCGAAAAGCAGCUCGGGGCCCAGUACGCGAUGUUCUUUCGCGAUUCGCGCUACAGCAAGUGGUGCUCGCCGCGCUGGCGGGAAUGGCGCGAGGUGGUGGUCUGCACGAAGCUGCACACCGAUCACAAAGUCGCGAAGUGGCGCUGGGGGACGUUUUUGACGAAUAAUAAGUGGUAUACCCGAAGUCAAUAG